CAUCAACUUUACCUAUGACCUGGCCCUGUCGCCGGAUGGCCAAUUCGGACACUACAUCUUAAAGAAUAGCACAGGCGCCAUGACGCUGCGCAAGGAGUGGACGGGUCUGAUUGGGGAGCURGUCAAUGAACGUGCCGACAUGAUCGUCGCACCACUAACCAUAAAUCCGGAGCGUGCCGAGUAUAUAGAAUUCUCGAAACCAUUCAAAUACCAAGGCAUUACAAUACUCGAGAAGAAACCGUCCCGAUCGAGUACUCUUGUGUCUUUCUUGCAGCCAUUUAGUAACACGCUAUGGAUCUUGGUAAUGGUGUCGGUUCAUGUUGUGGCGCUCGUGCUUUAUCUACUGGACAGAUUCUCACCGUUUGGACGCUUCAAGCUCUCGCACUCGGACAGCAACGAGGAGAAGGCGCUGAAUCUCAGCUCCGCCAUUUGGUUCGCCUGGGGCGUGCUGCUCAACAGCGGCAUUGGCGAGGGUACACCGCGCAGUUUCUCGGCCCGGGUGCUGGGCAUGGUCUGGGCCGGCUUUGCCAUGAUCAUAGUUGCCUCCUACACUGCCAACUUGGCUGCCUUCCUCGUGCUGGAGCGGCCCAAGACAAAGCUGAGCGGCAUCAACGAUGCGCGUCUGCGCAACACCAUGGAGAAUCUCACCUGUGCGACGGUCAAAGGYUCCUCGGUGGACAUGUACUUCCGGCGUCAGGUGGAGCUAUCGAACAUGUACCGUACCAUGGAGUCCAACAACUAUGUCACUGCCGAACAGGCCAUUCAGGACGUGAAGAAGGGGUAACUGAACUUGCUAGCGAGCCGAAGAUCGCUUCGAGUGUUUGUUUACCAUAUAGCUGAAAUAGUCGCAUGAUUUUGCCACCGCAACUAAUAACAACUACUACAACAACAAC